AUGACUUCAUACUUUCGCUUUGCGGUCUCUCUAAAAUGUCCAUGGUACGGCCUCACGGCUGCUUGUGACCAGGUCAAUAACGUCAGCCUGGAUCUUUCUAGAAUCCCCCGUGGCGUGGAGACAAUCUGUCUGACAGGAAAGGAAGGCCUGGUUCUGCAGCCAAAUGCCUUCUCCAGAUUCCAGCACCUCAUGAGGCUUUACAUCGAUGGUGGUGUGGCUGCAAUACUGCCAGGAGCCUUCGGGGGACUGUCCACAUUACAUGCUCUCUUCUUGGUGAGCCCAAAUCAGAUCCAUUUGGCGUUGACGUCCGAGGUGCUUCAGGACCUGACAGGUCUGGAGGAAUUGACUGUGACCAACUUCGCUCUGGCUGCCAUGACAACCAACGUUUUUGCCCGACUGGGACAGCUGAAAAGCCUCGAAGUCACAUCUGAUGAUGUUGACUUCUCUGCUGUUGUGUGCAGGCUGCUGAGAGUCAAUGCUACUCUGACGACCUUGCAGAUGACGAUGGUGAACAUGACCCUGCUGAAAACUCCAAACUGUCUGACUAAUUUGAGUGCAUUCCCCUUGCUGCAGAAUGUCUCUCUCGUCCUCCCAAACAUCACUGCCAUAGAGACAGGUGCUCUACAGUGUUUCAAGAGGAUCACAAAAAUCUGUGUGCCACUGGAAGAGCCAAUCCUGCUCCAGCUCUUACAGUCAGGCAUUCAGAGUAUUGAUUCUAUGGACAUCAGUCUGAGAGAUCUGAACGUGGAAAGUUUGUGUGAGAUGGUGCUGUCCUUUGCCGUGACGAAGUUGGCUGUGACGUGCCUCACACUUCGAGCCUAUCCUAACUUGGCAUGGGCCAAGUGUCAAUCCCUGCAGUCCAUCUCUCUUCAACUAGAACAGCCGUCAGGUUCAGUUAUCAGUCUGAGCUUUAUUCACGCCCUAAGGAAUGUCACCUGGCUCGAUGUGGACGCUGGCUAUGGCUCUGCAGACUUCUCCACUCUCUGUCCUCCCCAAGCGUCCUUCACACAGCUCCGUUUCUUUUCCUAUAGUACCGCUGAGGCUUUGGUUCUUAAUCUCAGUGCUCUCUUCGGGAAGUUCCCUUACCAUCUGACAGAGGUAUCUAUCUCCUCCACGUCCCUGCACCCCAUAAACUUCAUUGUCACAGACGACAGCACCCCGGACCUCAACUUGACCCUCAACCUUAUUGGCAAGAGCAUUGGCCUGUUCGGCUGCGACAGACCCUUCUUCAAGUCGGUGACCAAGAUGAUGGUGGCUACAGAUAGUUUCACGUGUGGUGGGCACGGCUCCUCAUCCUCUUCUGCCUUCCGGCACUUCAGCUCAGUGGAGUGGCUCAAAAUUGGCCAGUGGACCCGGAGCACUGUACAAGAUUUAUCAGGACUUAGCGGGCUGGUGCACUUGAGGGAGCUAGGCUUUGAGAAUGUGAACCUGGACAAUUCCACUGGCUUCACCACCGCCCUCCGCAACCUGACCAGGCUGGAGAAACUGUCUCUUGUAUUGUGCUGGCUGGACUCUUUGCAGGCUUCGACCUCUGUGAACCUGCAGUCUCUAAAAUUCCUCGGGCUGCUGAUUGAUGGGAGCAAUGGCGUGACCGAGAGCUUUUUUGAGCCUUUGACCAGUCUAAAGCUGGUCAUUCUCGGCCAGCAGCACCUUCGCUGCGACUGUGAGAGCGCCGGGUUCGAGGAGUGGGCGAGGAGGCAGAGUGACGUCGAGGUGUUUUUGUCCCAUUACCAGCAGGAGUCGCUGCAGUGCGAAGUGGGGGGCAAGUCUCAGGACCUGAGGCGAUUUGGCGAGAAGCACUGCCGCCCGUACCUGGGCUUCAUGCUGUUCGUCAUCACCGCGACCCUUAACCUCCUCUUCAUCCUGGUCGUUCUCUUACAGCACCUGGCGAGAGAAUACCUGUUGGCACUGUUCCACAUAGCCGGCGGCUGGGUGAACGAGGCGCUGCGGCACCAUGACGGCCCCAGGGGGCGCUAUGACUACGACGCCUUUGUGUCGUACAGCGGGCGGGACGAGCGCUGGGUGGUAGACAGGCUCCUGCCCGCCCUGGAGCAGCGAGGCCCCCCCUUGCUGCGCCUGUGCCUGCACAGUAGAGACUUUCAGCCGGGCAAGGACGUGGUGCAGAACAUCACGGACAGCCUGUACCGCAGCCGGCGCACCCUGUGCCUCGUCAGCCGCCACUUCCUGCGCAGCAGCUGGUGCUCCCUUGAGAUGCGGCUGGCCACCCAGCGGCUGCAGGUGGAGCAUCGGGAUGUGCUGAUCUUGGUCUUCCUGGAGGCGGUGCCCUCUCACCUGCUCUCCGCCCACCACAGACUGGCCCGUCUGGUCAAGACCCGCACCUACAUCCAGUGGCCACAAGAGCCAGUCCAGCAGGAGGCUUUCUGGGACAGGCUGUGGGCCAAACUGGCCUCGGAAAGACGAUAG